AUGGCAAAUGAUAUACAUCAUGGAUUACCAAGUUCCAUGGAAGAUACGGAUAUUUCCAAUACGCGUCGAGUGACAUUAACUCGUACUGGGGUGGCCGCGCUUUUCGCUCAAUCAUCGUAUGAUACAGGCGAAAAACCUAUCUCGGCAAAUUUGACACGUCCAGCUCGAGAAUGCCGCGCGCCAUCGGUCACUCGCGCAUGGACGUCUUCGAACUCGACAACAUCCCAUCAUCCAACAAAUAAUUCCUUGUGUUCAACAGGUCCAUCAGUUGCAGCACAACGUUCAUCAUUAUUUCGGUAUGUUAUUCAACGUUCGUCGUCAUUUGCAACUACAGCUGUUUCCCAAGUUAUGUCCAAUUCACGUCGACAUACAUUGAAACAAAUACGUUCGAUCUGCAAUCAACAUGACAAGGUUUCAUCCACUGAUACGGAUGUCGAACCAGUUGCAUCAAUAACCGAUUGUUUAGAAGCACCAUCCAUUGCUGCCGUUCAAAUUUGUCGUUCAAUUUCAAUGCCUAAUACAGCAAACAAAUAUCGCCAACAUUUUGAACACCAACAGCAUCUCUUACUUCGAAGUAAUGAAAAGCCUAUUUAA